ACACUACAACACUACACAACACUACAGUACACUCGCACCACUCAAAUCAAAUCAACUCAACUCAACUUGACGAGAAUACCAACCUAAUUUACAAUUUCACUUGCAGAUAUCACGAUCCAUUUUUCUAUGACAGGUUCAUUAAUCUGCUCUUUUCUUCACAAUCGACGUCUGACGUCUACCCCCUUUUCCUCUAGCUAGUUAGGCUUCUUGCGCACUGCUUGGCGCAAUGAACGCCAUACAGCAAAAAUGUCGCCCGAAACACCAAGUCCUCGUCCUCAAGUGCUAUCCUCACACCACCAAGGGAGCCGUUGAUGUCAAGCCAAACUCGAGCGAAUUAAGUUACCUUCUAUUCUAUGCUACCUCCCGACGGUCUAAGAUCCAAAAAGUUGGCCAAUUCCUUGAGAAGAAGACGGCUAGCGAUGUUUGGAGGGUGCGCAUUGGGUAUGUCAGCCACUCCCGCUACGAGACCACGCGAACUGUUGUCAAGUCCCUUUAACUUAGAAACACAACUCAGACGUUUGAUUUGAAGAGAUUCAAUAAGCACUAACUAAAUCAAAACAUAUAGAAAUGUCCAAGUUACCUUACAAAUACUAGCUGCCAUAAUCGAAAAAGCCCCGAAAGACCUCCCCCUAUUCGCCCAAAAUGUCCUCAAAAUCCUGGACCUCGUCCUCCGGUCCAACGACAUCACCAUGGUCGAGGCAUCGCUGCCCACCUUUCGAAUAUUCUGCGAACACCACGAUGUCUCCUCGCUUUUUGCCGAUCAAGCUUACCUCCGUCAAUAUGAACAAGUCGUACGCGCUUACGCCACCUUCGCGUCAACCCGAAAAAUUCCUGGCAAAAGCCCCCCCAGCAAACCUGUCGCCAUGAGGUGGAGAAAUGCAGGCUUGGAGGCAAUCAAGAGCGUUGCCGAAUCCGACGCGCUUUCCUCUGUUGCCGGGCGUCAGCUUGAUGUCAUAGUGCCUAUGAUCCUGGAAAACCUAUGGACCGACAACGAAGAAUUCCUGAGCAUCUUGCUACAGCGGGUAGAGCUGGAAGAAAAGGUUGACUCUAACGCAUUGCUACGACGUAGGACGAGUGUUUCAACCGUUAAAACCACCGAUGCCGAAGGAGACGCGAACCCGAUAGCUAUCUCCGGCACAUCCGUUGAUAUCGACAAGUUGGCCGAAGAAGAUAUCGGUGUUAUGGCUAUGCAAUGUUUGAAGCAAAUAUUUGUCAUACCCAACAGGGCACAAAUUAGCGGGGCGACAACGGCCUUGUUGAAAUUUAUUCAGGAACGGGUUCAGCAGAAAGAGACGGUGGUAGUUGAAGCCAAGGGAGAUACUGGGCGUGACCAUGGCUGGGCGGUCAAAAUCUUCGAAUUUGUCACGAGAUGGGCUCCAGUUCAAGAUCGUUAUGUCAUGAUGAUCACCACCACAGAUGCGCUCCUACGAACCCCCCCAAUUGACGAGAACGUGGCCGAUCAAAUCGUCUUUACCGCUAUCAUCGGAUCUUUACUAAGCUCCGAUAUUAACCUGAUCGGCUUAAGUGUUAUGGAUGUUCUCCUAGGGUUACUACAACAUAUGAAGCGAGUUUUGAAGCAUUCGGGAAGCUCAAGAGGAAGCGCCGGCUCUGGUGCAGGGUCAGGGGACGAAAAAGGCUCUGCGGUUCCUGACCUUUCGCAACACGUCGCAGCUCCGUAUAGAGAUCUCUUGGCUCGAAUUCAGAAGUGUAUCGGUCAUCUUGCCACUCACGUCUACUAUGCGGAUCAAAUUUCCGACAUGGUUUCCGGCAUUCUCCUGAGACUCAAACCUCAUCCGAGCACGAUAAAUGCAUCACCGACCCAAAAGGUCGAUUCUUCUCCGCCCGGAGCUUCAGCAGCAAAUAUUUCGGAUGAUCAAUCUCAUCUUGAUAGCUUCUUUGCGUUAGACUUGGCUAAGACUAUCGCCCUUCAAGCUAUCAAGUCCAUUCUCCUUGUUGCUAACCCAAAGACCAAGAUUAGUGGAAAUGUCAGUUUGACUAGAAACAAGGUUUCAAUACAGGCGUGGGAGGGCACGCACUGGCUCUUGCGUGAUCCGGAUGGACAAGUUCGAAAAGCGUAUGUCGAUGCUCUUACUACUUGGCUCGAGAGAGAAACCACCAGGUCCGAUUUAGAAGCGCGAGACGACAUGAGUCAGAAACCGCGUGCGAACAAUAAGGAAAUACAAUCCGCAAAUGCUGCUCGCAGAGCUGUUUCGAAUGCUUCGACACGGGAGAAACCUGUCAAGGUUCCCCGUUCUCGCUUUCUCAAACUACUCCAUCUUGCCAUCUACGAUAAUGCCCUUCAAUUCAUGGAGUUCGAAGCAGAUAUAGCUCUUCUCCAUGUACUGUUGACAAAAUUGGUCAACAAACUUGGCGUUAAUGCGGCAAGGUAUGGUAUUCCGGUAAUAUUCCGGCUGCAGGAGGAUAUAUUGGAAGCUGAGACACCCACAUCGAAAGUCUUCCUCGGAUGUCUUUGUCAUGGCUAUUUCUGGGCCUUAAGCGAGCAUUUUGAUUUCGAAGGAACCCCUGUUGGGCGAACAAUUAAUAAUGAAGUGGUCCGUAGAAGAAGCAAGAAUUUCUGGGUUGAAGGCGUACAUAUCCCAACACCACCAUUGGAUAUUCUGGGAACUCCGGGUAUGGCUAGACCUGAAUCAAGGAUGCCCACGCACGAGGUGGAAUCAGAAGCACUUCUGCCCUUUGACGACCGUCUCUCGAUGGUAAAUUGCAUCUGCACCAACUAUAAGGACAGAGCGAUUUCCCCUCCUACAAGCCCUUCCACAUCUCCUGGUCGUGUAUUCGCGCAUCCAGCCCUGGGUUCAACCCUAGCUCCUAUUCCCCCGGCUCAUGACGAACAUGACCUGCCUGAAAAAUUCAGAGAGGAAAUGUUAGCAGAAUGGAACCGAGAAGCCGCCAUCAUUGCCCUCCAAGCAGAGAGCAAGUCUGCUUCGCUCAACGGGUCUAAAGCUGGAACGACUACUACUAAGGGGAAUCAUCUUACCGUCAACGGACCUACAGCUAAUGGCUUCCCUUCGACUAGACCGGAGUCGGCCUAUGCUCGACAAACCAACCUGCGACCUGCUUCGCAUGCUAGCCAUGCUGCUGCUCUACGAAACUCUAGCGUACAAAGCCACGGCUCAGGAAGGAGUGCCUCUAGCAGAGGCUUUGUCGCUUCUGUCGACCAGCUCAAAUCUGUGCUGACCGGAGAUGCCGUGAGACCGGGUACAUUCCAGACAUUACGGGAAGAUGAUGAUAGCAGCGAGAGCAUGGCAAGUUACGAUUUUACGCCAUCGGAACUUUCAUGGAAUCCUCAGGGCGAGGGGGCUGAUGGUCAUGAUGUGGCCCUAGGACGGUCGCGAUCAAAAUCUAGAGAACGCAAGGCGUCUGGAGACUUAGGAGGUCCUCUAACGUCCAAUCCUACAGAAGGUGAGGACGAGAAUGGAGAACAUGUGCCACCAGUGCCUCCCCUACCACCAUCUCUCGCAGGAAAGUCGCCUCCCCCGGAGGUUACCCUUGCCAAGAUUUCAAGCCAAGACCACGCUUUCAAAAGCCCCAAGCGGAAUAUCAAAAGUCGAGGAGGAGACAGCAUCCUUUCGAGCAACUUUGCCAAUGCUGGUGCCGCUAGCAUGGACCUUCAGGCGAUGCUGAAGGGCAUCGAUAGCAAAUCCAAGCAGAACACUCUCGGAAAUCUUACUAGACCUCCUUAUUAACUGUCUACACAAUAACAAGCUCAUAUGUACUUGGAACAUUUUAAAUUAAGUUUAUGGGGAUGAGGGGGUUGAGGUUAAAUUCUUAAUGGCAACUUCAAGGGGAUGGAUGUAUUCGCCUCAUGGGUGAGGCGUUGCAUAUAGUAUUAACGCCAGGGGAGUAUAUAAGGAAGGCCUAACCGCGUAAAACAAGGAUGGAACUUGGUGCUUCUUAAAAAGAUUAUUACUUGGGGCAACUCUAUCUAACAUACGAUUGUAUAUAUUAACACGUCCGUCUUGUCCUUUUGUCAGCCUCUUUGCUUUCAGCGCGGUUGGUGGUUUUGCUUCGGAAUUUGCCGGCUAGGUUUUUAGGCUGGCUGUUUAACUAACCAUAGAGAAGUGCAUAUCAAUAAAAAACGAAAAACUAAGCAUAGAAUCUUGUUCUUGUGAAGGAUUACGGUGUUAUGGUUUUUUAGUAUCUAGAUCAAGC